AUGAUCAUAAAAAGAAAACGUAGUUUUAAAAUUAUAAAAAAAUCUCAAACGAUUGAUUCGAUGGGCAAUUAUAUGAGGCCUACCGAUCCUUUAAGUCUUUCUCUUCCCAAAGGUAUCAAUGUUGACACGUCCCCUAUCAAACGAUCGAAAUUACCCAUCAUUUUCAUCAUUGGAGGACCGGGAUCUGGAAAAAGGACAAUAACCACACACGUGGCGGAGAAGUACGGUUUCGAACGUAUAAUAUCCACGGAUAUUAUUCGAAACGAAGUGUCCAAACGAUCGGAUAAGGCCUACGCUCUGGCACGUUAUUUGUCGAGGGGUCAACUGGUGCCAGAGGAUGUAUUAGUGGAAUUGAUCGCGAUAAAGAUGCUGGAGAACAUUCACAAGAAGAAAGGAUUCUUUAUAAGCGGAUUUCCCCGGGAUAAGAAACAAGGUAAAGUUUUUGAUAAAGAAAUACGAGCACCUGAUCUCGUCUUACUUCUGCAUGUUCGAAAUUCCGUAAUGACCGACCGAGAAAUGGCAAAAAGCGUGAAAGCUACAGAGAGAGUAUCCGUCACUUUCGAAUAUAUCAGAAAUCGGAUCAAGGAUUUCCAUAGGCGGAGCAAAUCUAUACUUAGACAUUACCGUAAAGUCUUGGUGAUAAUCGAUGCUGAGCCUGAAAUAAUGGUCGUGGUCGAAAAUGCGUGUGCAGUUAUAGAUAAUUUUUUAAGAAAAAAAUUUGGAGAAAAUUACCCAGUCUCAAUGCCAUCGACUUCCAAAUAAAUUUCGAAAUGAUAGAUUUUAUUGUCUAAUGUUUGUAUGAAAGAUCUUUUACAUAAAUGAGACAUAAUAUGUUAUUUAAGAGAGACUUUACUCAGAGUGUGUUAGAUUGUAAAUUUUUAAUUUGAUUAGAUGUAAUUUAAAUGUUAAUUGAUAAUAGUGGACGUACUGUAAAUAGAAGAAGCAUUGUUAAUUAAACAAGAAGAAUAUUUUUGCAAGGAAAUAUAAUUUUUUCCCACAUCGUUAA